UAUAUUAUUUCUUUAAUGCUUGCAGAUUAUGUACUGCUAUGCAGUAAAUGGGCGAUGUACUUCCGCCGCUCAUCUUUGGUUGACUGGUUGCCAAGGAGAAAUGGACAAGCAACUUCAACGGCUCCCAGGCUUUGAUAAGUGGAUCAUCGAUAAAGACACUCAACCAUAUAUUCAAACCUUCGAACAUCAAAAGGAACAUUUAGUGUACCUAACAGCAGAUUCUGAAACCAUGCUGGAUGACCUUGAUCCUAAGAAGAUAUAUAUUGUUGGGGGAUUAGUGGAUCGAAAUAGAUGGAAAGGAAUAACCAUGAAAAAAGCAGAAGAGCAGAACAUACAAACAGCAAAACUCCCAAUAGGGAACUUCCUGAAAAUGUCCAGUUCCCAGGUACUCACUGUGAAUCAAGUGAUAGAGAUAAUACUAAAGUACUUGGAGACAAGAGACUGGAAGGACUCAUUUUUUCAAGUGAUUCCUCAGAGAAAAAGAUUCGAAGCUGAUUCAGAAGAAAAGCAAGGAGACCUUGUAGAUGACAAAGAUGAACAACAGUAUGACGUUCAAGAGAAGAAAAAGCCUUGUACGGAAACUUGAAUGGCACAUGGCUAUUCUACUAAAUCUAUGUCAAUUUCAUAUCAUCAUAUACUAAUGUGAGGAUCUUGAAAUCUAGUUUAGUGCUUUAGUAUAGUGACUUCAACUUUCAAGUACCAGCAAUUUUAUAGCAGAGUCAUCCAGUUAUUUCAUUAGACUUCUAUAAAAAUAUUCAGUGAAUCAGAAGCUUAUAGAUCUUUAAGAUAUUGCCCAAGUGUU